AUGGAUAAUUCUAUAUCGAUAGAUUUUGCAAAUUUACUUAAAAAUCCCGAAGGUUAUAACGUAAAAAUCAUAGUUGGUGAAGGACUAGACGUUAAAGAAUUUAAAGCACAUUCUUUAAUUUUAACCAACAGAUCAACUUAUUUUAAAAGUGCACUAUCUUCACGAUGGGCGAAGGUAGAAAAUGGAAUAAUCAUUUUCAAAAAACCCAAUAUCUCGCCUUUGAUAUUCGAAGUUCUUUUAAAAUAUAUUUAUACGGGCGAUAUUUCCGUUGAAAACAAUGAAGUCAGUCUCGCUGAUAUUGCUAUAGCGAGCGACGAACUCUUAUUGUUUAAGGUCUAUCAAAAGAUUGAAAGAAAUUUGCUUGAGGAUGAAUUGGCUUGGAAGCCAAGAGACAUUAUUAGAAUUUUUCAGCACGAGCACUUUACUAACUUAUAUAAUAUCGCAAUAAAAUUGGCAUGUAAAAAUCCAGAAAUUAUUUUUAAAUCGGAAGAUUUCUUUAGAAUUAAAGAAACGCACCUCAUUAAUCUUUUGAAAUGUGAUGACCUUGAAUUGGAUGAGAUUGAAAUUUGGGGAUACUUAAUUCAAUGGGGAAUCAAAAAUGCCACUUCCAUUUUAGACGAUGAUUUAACAAGGUGGACGCCGGGGAAUUUCAUGGACUUAAAGAAUACACUGUGUAACUGUAUUCCUCAUAUUCGAUUUUUUCAAAUGUCCCCUGGUGACCAUACGAAAGUUAGAACUCAUUUUAAAGAUAUUCUACCAGAUGGUCUAGAUAAUGAAAUUACUCAAUAUUUUUCGGAUCCUAAUUUUAAACCUUCCAUCAACAUUUUACCGUUAAGGAAAUGUUUAUUCCAAUCAAAUAUCAUUAAUGCUAAAGAUGCAGGACUAAUAGCAAGCUGGAUUGAUAAGCGAAAAACGCCGUACCAUCAUAUAAAUUUGCCUUUUAAAUUUAAGCUUAUUUAUCGUGCUAGUCGUGAUGGUUUUGAGAUCGAACGUUUUCAUAAGAAUUGUGAUAAUAAGGGACCAACCCUGGUUGUUAUUAAAGUACGCAAUUCAUUAGAGAUAAUUGGAGGAUACAAUCCAUUAGAAUGGCAUUGUGUUAGCGUUGAAGAUUCUAUACUUGAUGAAGAUGAUUAUGAUCAUCAAUAUAAAACAUCAAAUAGUUUUAUAUUUUCACUUACAAACCCAUCAGUUCCAAUAUUAAGCCGGGUUUCUUCUAAAAAAGAAGCGAUAAUUUGGUGUAGGAAUAAAGGACCAUGCUUUGGUUUACACGAUUUGCACAUUAAUUCAUCGGGAUCUAAUAUUUUUUGCGAGAGUAGAAAAUACUCUUACGAAAAGAAUGUUAUUAACAAAGAAAUUUUUCAAAUAGAAGAAUACGAAGAUGCUGGUGUUUCCAUUACAUAG